AUGGAGGGUGGAAAAAAAGACAACUCGAGAAAAAUUUGUAUUUUCUACCUUCAGAAAUUAAUGACCAUGAGUUCGUUUAUGGUGGACUCUAAGUAUGUGGACCCACAAUUUCCUCCUUGUGAGGAAUAUUCGCAAAAUAGCUAUAUACCUGAUCAGGGGACAGACUACUACGGUCCAGCGCAGGACCCAGGUUUCCAGCAUCCAGGAAUCUAUCCACGGUCAAACUACACUGAGCAGCCCUUCAGUUGUACCACUGUGCAGGGUUCUACAGUGCAGCCGCGGGGUCAUGUGCAUGAGCGAGCCAGCCACCCUAGCCCUUUCACUGCACAGACCGAGCCGUGUCCCCCGGUCCAAGUGACUGGCCCCCGGACUUGUGGACAGCAACAAAACACAAAGAACCAACAUGGGAUACAAGCCAAGCAACCUACAGUAGUUUACCCCUGGAUGAAGAAACACCACGUUACUACGGUAAACCCGGACUACACAGGACCUGAACCGAAACGGUCUCGGACAGCUUAUACAAGACAGCAGGUUUUGGAACUGGAAAAGGAAUUUCAUUUUAACAGGUAUCUGACCAGGCGGCGUCGCAUAGAGAUUGCCCAUACACUCGUUCUCUCCGAGCGUCAGAUCAAAAUCUGGUUUCAAAACAGAAGAAUGAAAUGGAAAAAAGACCACAAACUACCGAACACAAAGGGAAGAUCUGCAUCGGCUUCCAGCCAACAUUUACAAAGUAUUCAGAAGGAUAACCAGACUGAUAUCACAACUUUAUGAAUAUUAUGGGAAACUUUGAAUCUUACAUGAACUGUAGGCCUAUAAAAAAACUAUUUCCCAUUUGACUUUGCAUGAUCUCAAACAUGGCAUUUUCGUCAUAGGCAGUUACAUUCAGAAGGACCCUCGAUGUGUGUUGGCUCGCUGAAUUGAGUCCAUUUCCAACAUUGUAGCUGAUAGGUGCUCAGAAGAUAUGAGUGCAUCACUACAUGCUUCACAUGCUUCAAAGAGGUAGCGGUAGAUCGAACGAGAACUUUCGCUUUCGGACGAAAGCUUGUUAGAGGUUUUCUUAUGGUAGGCCUACUCUUCUUGCUUGCUAUGGUUCUCUUCUGUCCACAAAAGUCAGAGUACUACCUGAACAUUUCUAUCUUUAUUUAAAAGGGGGGAAAAACGUACAAUUAUGUGAAGGUUUUGUACACUUUAAUUGGAAAUUGUCUUGUGAUGAAAUCAAGCUUUUAAAAAGAACAAUAUUUGAUUCAUAUAUUGCAAAAAAUAAAAUGGCCAUUGCACAC